AUGGAGCUAGACGAACAGGAUCACAGAGGAGCCGCUGCGAGCAUCCCAGGCCAGGGCUCAUCCAACGCAGCAGUCCUGUCCGCAAAAGAGAAAGUCGUCGAGAUCGAAGUCCACGGUCUGAAGGCGAGGGUCUUCCUGAACUGUUCCGAAGAAGACCUCAUCCCUUCUCGAUACCUCAAAAAAGCCGAGCGAGCACCUGUGGCACAACGCACGAUCUGGCUCUUCCGUCGCCAACAGAAUGCGCGCCAGGUCAAUCUGAACCGGUGGUCGAAGGUCGACAUUCGUUUUCGAGGGGUGUUUAAAACGCUGAAGAAGGUACCGCUAUUUCGAAAGGGUUUAUAUGAAGAUGAUGUAGGUCAUUGGGGUCCUCCGGCGCGGGAAUACGACUUUGCCAGUGCCGCCAGGGCGCAGGGACAAGUCGUCUAUGCUCUCCUUGACGAGGUUCUAGAUGCGCUGAAGAUCACGCGUGAGACAGAGAGUGACGAGUCUUAUUUUUAUCUUCGUGCGCGACUGUUGAGCUGCCAAUUGGAAUACUGGACCGGAUAUCGCGAGAAGUACAAGGAUGCCCCGAUUACGGCGGGAUUGCUAGCUAUCGAACAUUACCCAGAGCAACAUUCUACGCGUGCGGUUCUCCCUGUAUCCACGAGGAGCACGUAUUCCUCGAAUCAGCCCUGGAAGGAAAGUUCAAGCUGCUUCUCUCGCAGUUGCUCCUGA